UUUGAUGAUUUUCAUGCGCUCGCACCAUAUGAACGACGGGAGACGAAGUUUCAUAUGGUGACCGUGACGAGGGCGUAAGGUGUCAUCGAGCUCCGUGCAGCUUGGUGCAGCCCUCGGGAAGACAAUAAACAAGGGGAACGAUGGCUCGUCUCUCUUAAAUUGGUUUCCCUCGCCGGUGAUAUCCUAUGGUUGUUUUCGAGGUUGUGUAAAAUUGUUUUCCCCGCGAGUGCGACAGCUUUACGGGCUGCAAAAUGACUGAAAGCAGCAUACCCAAAAUGAAGCGGAAUGGAGCGCGACUUUUUAAGAAUCCACCACAACCGCACAUGUGUAUACAAGAUUUUAUAAAGGGCAAUAUGGCUCCAUGUUACAUAAACGUACUGUCUUGGGACAAAAUUGCAAUGCCUCGAAAACCUUCACUGCCUGUGCCACUCUACGGAGGUAUGAGAGUGCCACCACCUCGCACUAAGACAGAUGCCGUAGUGUUUGCUGUAAUGGUAAAUCCAGAAGUUCUACGAAUGAGCGGCAAGAAUGCGGAUGCAAAAAAGCGUUCAAGCUUUAUUGAACUACUGCUUGACUUCAUAGAAGCGAUGAACGCAGGCGUAGUUUUCACUCGUCAUUAUUCAAUAUUAAAAGACCGAGACAUUACGGGCGAAUUGAAAGAAGUCUGGAAUACAGUACUAGCUAUACGUGAAAAUGAACAACGUCCACCGCAGCAGGAAACUUGGAUCGAUGUUCAACCAUCUAUAUCACAAUUUCCUCAAUAUCCAGAACAGCAACAACAGCAACAGCAGCAACAAGAAUAUAUACCACAAUCGCCACAGUAUCAUUCGAAUAUUGCAUACGGUAGGACUGUUAACAAUGAAAAUAUGCACUAUGAGAGUUAUGGGCACCAGAACCCUAUAAUUUCCAAAAACGAGCCUAUCUUCAUAUCUGGGCAUAUUGUGCCCCAGCAGUAUCAUGGCAACGUUCCUCGAAUUGCGCUUGAUCGCUACAACUAUCGCGAACGUGGUAGGGAUGGUCAAGUUGUGCAGAAUAUUAUUGCGGCACAGCACCAAUUUCAGCCAAGACAAACAUGGCCGCAAUAUAUGCAUCCAAACUCCAAUACGAAGUACAUGCAUCCAAAUUCAAAUUUGCCAUAUGGACCGGCUACAAAUACCACUCCGACAAUUAAUCCUUCGAAUCCAAUCAAGUCUUUUCAACCAUAUACUGCUUAUCAGCAACAACAACAGCAACAACAACAGCAGCCAUUGCCAUCGCUACCACCGCCGCUGCAUAUGGAUAAUGCGAUGCACAUUGAUAUUCGUAGGAUGCAACAGCAACCACAGCAGUCACAGACGCAAUCACAAAUACAACUGAGUCAAGUGCGGUCACAGUAUGCUGAGCAAUCUGGGUCAUUCAACGUACAAAAUAACGCACAUAGAGGAAGUAGACCACAUAUGGGAGUAGCUCAAAAGAAUAAUGCUACUAAAAGGCAGACAAAUUCAUCAACGCACACUUCUUGUACAAAUUGCCAAACUAAGGAAGAUCAAUCUUUUAGCAAGCCGAAAAGUCCUGUUAAAGUUCUUCAAAGGGAAACAUUAACAGAACGGCAGAAUACAAUUAAUCUUGUCGAGAAUAAUAAAACUUCAGUUGAAAAAACAGAAGAAUUAAAGACUGUUCCGGUGACAGAUUUAGAUGAAGAUCUUAAAAAAGGUGAUGACAUCGUGGUUGAGUAUGUAUGCACGGAAAAAGAAGACAUCUGUAAUUCGGAACUCGUGCGUACCGUCGAUGAAGCACCAUCAUGCGAAGAAAAACAUUCUAUAAAAUUAGAAUCUUGUAAAAUGUCUUUAAUGGAAACAAAAGAAGCGGAAGUGUCACAACAAUUGACUGUUCAAAAGAAUAUCUCAAAGAAAGAAUACCAUAAAUUCAUUAGGGGCAAUGCGCGAACGCGAAGGACGCCAGCGACUAAAGGGGAUAAGCAUAACUUUUCUGCUGCGGAGAGCCCAAAACGCUCGCAGCCGACUAUGAAUAGCAUUAUUAAGAGUGUAUUCAAAAUUAAUCCAGGCGCAUCUGGUGAAGAGUCGUCCGGUAAGAAAAAAAUGAAUGGUCAAACGAGAACAACUAACGGCAAAGCUAUGUGCGAGAAUGAGGAACACGUACAACAGGGAUAUACGAUAUUAAAAAAGGAGACUCAGGAGGAGAUGAUGAGCGAGAUCGCUCAAUUAUCCAUUCAAGACUGCAAGGAAGCGACCGAAGUCGCUCCCGUGCUCUCGUGAUAGCCUGGCCUACAGCUGUUACUCAGCUGUGUCGGCACGCGACCGAGAGCUUUGAUGUAAAUAGGUAGGAUUUUAUUAAAAAAAAAA